CUGCAACGCUCUUCUCGAAGAGCGGCUCAUGAGACACUAUCAGUCGCUAUCGACCACGAACACCAACCGCAGAUCUGUAUGCGCAUCAAUUGAAUACCGGCAUGGUGCGCCUGUUCCACUCAACGACAGCACUUCCGUACUAUUCGUACUCACCACCCAGGAACCAAUCCCCCAGCUACAAUCACGCCAUGAUCCACGCGCAAAUUCCUGUGAUCGUACAGCAAACCGAUCGUAGAGUCUUCAAACGGGACGUUUCAUGUGAAGCUCGAGCCGAGUGCCAAAGACGUGAGCAAUCAUGUGAAAUUCCAGAGCAGGAGAGUGCGUGACAUAGAAACAACAGACGGUGCAAAAACAGUCUAAGGGUUGAGCGAGCGCUAGGAUAAUCCCGAAGCAUCCGCCUUUUCUUUUGGACAUGCAAGCGGUGACGAUUAGGAGAGGAGACGGUGUGCGAUCUCAAUGAUCACGACGAAGCUGAGCACUUGCGCUUGACCAGCAUCAGUGCUUCUCGUCCGAGUGAGAGUGAGAGGGGGAGUGCGUCUCUUCGUCAUUGACCUGAGGACGAGCAGGCUGCGUGCCGUUAAGGUUCAGCUCGUCAGAGACGCAAUUUUGGGUGUUGCCAAGCUUAAAGUUGGUGACGAGAAGACUGGCAAGGAUGGGCACCGCGCUGAGAACGAGAGCGACGAUGAGGACGAUGUGCAUGUAAUGCGACCACGCGCGGAUGACGGCAUCUCUGCGAGGGUCGCCCAGCGGCCAAGUGAUUCCCAAGGGAGAGCCGAAAGCGGAUGUGAUUUCGGCUGCAGAGACGCCCAGAGGUGACAAUUCCUGCGCAAGGCGCGGUUGCAGGACGUGGAGCUGAAGGGCUCCGAGCACUGCUGUGCCGCACGCGCCUCCGAUUUCGGUGAAUAGCAAAACGAAAGCAGUGACCAUGGCAACAAGCUGGUGACGAACCGAGAUUUGAGCUUGCACCUGAAGACUGACACCCAUUAGACCGCCACCAAGACCCUGCAGGACCUGGCAGAUGACGAUUUGGAAAGUGGUCGACAUGGCAUCUCGGUAUCGCACCAUCAGGCCGAGACCGAGGAGACGAAUGCAAGAGCCAGCAGUGAGAACCCACUUGUUGCGCUUGGUCGCAAGACUGAGGAAUCCAGCUGCAAUGCCAAAGACUGUCAAGCAGAGACUUUGAGUGUUGCUGAAGUAGGUAGCGUCGGAAGCGUUGUAGUUGUAGGUGAUGAAGACCCAAGUGAAUGCGGGGGUCCAGCUGAGAUAGAAUGCUGCGAAAUCGAACCAUCCGAUGAAGAAGGCUGGGAGAGCGACAUUCUUGUUGAGGAGGAAGGCCUUCGGGAUGAUGGGCUUGGGUGCGAGGAGCCAUUCGUAUAAGACCAGGCCGACCAAACAAACGCCACCGACGACGAGCAUAGUGAUGAUGUGAGCAGCACUCCAGUGUGAGGCAGUGAGGGCCGAGAGCUGAAGGGCGAGAAGGAUCAAGACGAAGCCGGCAGCGAUGAGCACCAAGGCUGGAACAUCAAUGUCGAAGAAGAAGGACUUGAUGGCGCGCAGCACGGGCAUGUGGCGGUACGGGUGAGGAGCGACCAGGCCUUGCUUUUUCGCCUGGCGCUGACUCAGAGCCAGGGAGAAGAUGACGGGAGCGGUGGCGACAGGCAAGAGGAUGGUGAACAUGCCAAAGCCCCAUCGCCAGUCCUCGUUCGUGGUGCCAAAGGGCGCGAGCUGAAGGACCACGCGUGGAGAGACGGCAAAGUUGAUAAUGUAAGGGGCGGAGAGCAAACCGAUGGCAGCACCUCUCCACUUUGUGGGCGUAAUGUCCGCAAGAACAAUCUGCUGCAUGAUCUGAAGACCGGUAGAUCCAAAAGCAUAGAACACGGUUCCCACCACGAUUGCAGUGAAGCCCGGGCAAGCGGCGAGGAUGAUCAAGCCGAGAAUGUAGAGCAGGACGGAGAAGAUGUAGCCCUGUGCUCUGCCGAAACAGUCGCUGAGCUUGGCGACUGGGAACUUGAAGACGGCGAUGCAGACUUGCUGAAUGACUUGAAUGGAAGGAUACAAGCCGUACUGGCCGAACUGAUUGGUGGCAGCUGUGAGGUAAGCAUAGCCCGUGCCGUUGUCGAGCGAGUUGACGUAGGAAGCCAAGGCGAGACCGAGAAAGGCGAGGUAGAGCUUCCAGCCAGCGACUUCGCGCGCUGCUUCGGCUACGACCACGCCUUGCUGCUUCCUAUCCGCCGUAUCCACCGAGUCCGUCUCGUCCUCCAGAAAAGCAGACGGCGGUUCGUAAGGGGCGACAGUGUCACCGGCGGGCGCACUGGACACCUCCGG